AUGCCGUCAAUUCGCAAUACUGCCUCCGAUGUCCCGGACAUGAACCUCUACAAGCUCAACCGGGUUCACCGCACGCUUGACAAAUUAAAGGAGAAGAACGAAUGGGAGGCAGAAGACACAAAGUCCUUUGACUGCAUGCACUACCUGGGCGAUAGUGCGAUCGAAACGGCUGCCAAGUCUUUGGGCCUGCAAGCCGGGGAGCGGGUGCUCGAUAUCGGAUCCGGGUUCGGUGGCACGGGCAGAUACCUCUACCGACACUUCGAUGCUACGACAGCUGGCAUUGAGCUGCAAAAGGAGAUUCACGACAUUGCUCAGACAAUUAACGCAAAAUCGGGUGCUGAGGCAAAUGCGACAUCCACUAACGGCAACUUCCUCAAACUCGACCCAGCUGAAAUGGGUGCGCCGUUUGACCACAUCGUCUCAUUCCUGUGCAUCCUGCAUAUCCCAGAACGAGAAGCCCUGUUCAAGAAAGCACACAGCGUCCUCAAGCCAAGAGGCAAGAUGUACAUUGAAGACUUCUUUGCCCGAACAUCUCUGGACGCCAAGACUCUCGAGGUCUUGAGAAGCUCGGUUUCCUGUCCGGACUUGCCUGACAAAGAGCAUUACAUUGCAGAGCUCGAGAAAGCUGGGUUCGAGGUCACUGACUGGGUUGAUAUGUCAACCAUCUGGACAGACUUCGUGCAUGAGCGUGCUGAAGCCUACAAGAAAGAUCCGUCGAUAGAUGCUGAUCUCACCGCAUUCUAUGAUGCCGUUGAUGAAGUGUUCUCUGGAGGCCAGGUCGGAGGCACCCGAAUUACAUGUCAAAGAAAGUAA